ACCACUGCAUUGCUAGACUUUAUGCUGGACAUCAGUGCCUUGUGUCAUACUCCAAAAUCUGGUGGAUCUUAUUAAAGGUCUGUUAUAGCAGCAAAAAUGGAACAACACAAUAUUAAUACCCAUGUUUUUGGAAUGGAAUAUGUAAUACUAAAGUGUCCACAUACCUUUAAUAAUAUAGUGUAUUAAUGUAAUUCUGCCAGAUGUCACUCUGAGAAGGUCAUGGCUACUUAUUUAUUGUCAUGUUACACAAGUAUGGAUUACCUAAAAACCAUAGUCACUCUUAUUAACUUCCCAGAGUCAAAGGGACAAAUGUCUGUUGAAAAACUGAAGAAACAGCCUACAAUUUUUAAUGUCACGUGAAACCAUAAUAACAUCUUCAAACAUAAGAAAAAGAGCAAGAAACAUAAAGGAAUUUUCAAGGCGAUUCUCUUUUUAACAGUAUGUUGAACUUUUUCCUCACCCAGUGGAGAGAAAAGUGGUCUUUAUUUGUUUCAGCCACAUCACCAGGGGAACCACCAGAAAUAACAAACAAAGGCUGGUGGAUCCUUUUAUGGUUUGUCAAGUGACAUGUAUCUGGUGUUACAUCCUUUCGAUUAGUACUUUCAUAAAAUUGCGCCUUUUAUUAGUGGAUGCAUUGUACCUACAUAUGUGAUUUGUGAUAUGCUAAUGAUUAGAAAUGAGUUUUGUAGAACACUAAUUCAAAAAUAAUAUACAAUUAUCCAUAUUAUACCUGUACAAUCAAUAUUAUAAUAUCAUACAUAUUUUAUGCAAUUCUAUUGACUAUUGCUGUCAUUUUCACAUCUAAUAAUAUUUAUGAUCUAAAAUGACAAGAAAGAUAAAGAGAUCAGACUCACAAAAGCCCAGCUGUGUGUCCAUGAAGAGUGACCAUUCAAUGAUACAGCCAAUUGCCUUCAGAGAUGGACAGUGUUCUGCUGGUCAGAGGCAUCUUCUCACUCUCUAAAACCCUGUUAAACAGACUAGAUAAAAAUUCCACGGCUGCCUCUCCUAGACACUUCCAGACCUCCACCGGGAUGUCGUCAGGACCAACUGCCUUUCCACUUUUCAUCCUCUUCAAAGCCUUCCUGACUUCAUCCUUUCUAAUCUUAUCUACUUCCUGUUCCACAGAGUUCACCCCUUCUACUCCUUAUUCCCUCUCAUUUUCCUCAUUCAUCAGCUCUUCAAAGUUCUCCUUCCAUCUCCUCUGUACACUCUCCUCACUUGUGAGCACCUUUCCAUCUCUAUUCUUAAUAACUCUAACUUGCUGCACAUCCUUCCCAUCUCGAUCCCUCUGCCUAGCUAACCUGUACAAGUCCUUCUGUCCAUCUCUAGUGUCUAACCUAGUGUACAACUCAUCAUACACCUUCUGCUUGGCCUUAGACCCCUCCCUCUUCACUCUGUGCUGUAACUCCUUGUAUUCCUGUCUAUUCUCUUCAGUCCUGUCCAUGUCCCACUUCUUCUUGGCUAACCUCUUCCUCUGAAUACUAUCUUGAACUUCCUCAUUCCACCACCAAGUCUCCUUAUCUUCUUUCCUCCUUCCAGAUGACACACCCAGCACCUUUCUUCCUGUCUCCCUGAUCACUUCUGCUGUAGUUUCCCAGUCAUCUGGCAGCACUACCUGACCACCCAGAGCCUGCCUCAACUUCUGUCUAAAUUCCUCACAACAUUCCUCCUUUUUCAGCUUCCACCACUUGGUUUUCUUCUCCAUCUCUAUCUUUGACCUCUGCUUACAGACCAUCAGAUUCAUCCUACACACCACCAUCCUGUACUGUCUGGCUACACUCUCUCCCACUGCCACUUUACAGUCACUAAUCUCUUUCAGAUUGCCUCUUCUACAUAGGAUGUAGUCUACCUGUGUGCUCCUACCUCCACUCUUGUAAGUCACUCUAUGCUCCGCCCUCUUCUGAAAAUGAGUGUUAACCACAGCCAUGUCCAUCCUCUUAGCAAAGUCCACUACCAUCUGUCCUUCAAGGUUUCUUUCCUUAACUCCAAACUUGCCCAUCACCUCCUCAUCACCUGUGUUCCCCUCACCAACAUGUCCAUUAAAAUCUGCUCCUAUCACCACUCUCUCCCCCGUGGGAAUACUCUCUAUCACCUCAUCUAAUUCACUCCAGAAUCUCUCUUUCUCCUCUAACUCACCACCUACCUGUGGGGCAAAACCACUAACAACAUUCAACAUCACCCCUUCAACCUCUAACUUCAGACUCAUCACCCUGUCUGACACUCUCAUCACCUCCAGAACAUUCAUAUUCACAUUCAUUCCAUCAUAUCAGCCAGCUCUCUACCUUUCCCUGUCAUAGUACCAACAUUCAGAGUUCCUAUUCUCAGUCCUACACUCUUACCUUUCCUCUUCUCUCUCUGUCUACGCACUCUCCUCCCUCCUCUACUUCUUCAACCAACAGUAGCCCAAUUUCCACCAGCACCCUGUAGGUCAACGGCGCCGAUGGCGGUCGUUGUUAACCUGGGCCUCGACCGAUCUGGCUUGGGACCGGCACAGAAGUCACUGGACUGUGACCCCAUGGCUAGAUUGUCAUAAUGAUGGUAUAGAGACCACAAAAUAAAUCAUCAUACAUCCACAGCCAAAGUCAUUUGAAGUCCAUAUUCAAGGAUGUGGAAAACAAAGUCAUCACUCUAAUAAAGAAUGAGCUGAAGUGGUUUAAAGACCUCCUGAGUCCAGAUUACCCAUCAGCCACUGAGAGGGAGUUUGAGGAUCAGGAGGAUCUGCACAGUGUCAGAGAGGGAGCGCUGAAGAUCACACUGCACGUCCUGAAGAACAUGAACCACACAGAUCUUGCUAACACACUGCAGAACAAGUUGAACCCGGUUUCUGUGUAUCAGCAAAAAUACAAAUCCAACCUGAAAGAAAAAUGUAAAAGAAUUAAUGAAGGAAUUUCACAGACUGGAAUCUCAGCACUUCUGAAUGAGAUCUACACAGAGCUCUACAUCACAGAGGGUUGGAGUGGAGACAUCAAUAAAGAACAUGAGGUGAGACAGAUUGAGACAGUGUCCAGGAGACCAACAACACAGGAGAUACCCAUCAACUGUAAUGAUCUCUUUAAGGCCAAGUCCAUCAGAACUGUCCUGACUAAAGGAGUUGCUGGAAUUGGAAAAACAGUCUCUGUGCAGAAGUUCAUUCUGGACUGGACUGAAGGAAAAGCAAAUCAGGACAUCACCUUCAUGUUUCCACUUCCUUUUAGAGAGCUGAAUCUGAUGAAGCAGAAAAAUCUCAGUCUCAUGGAUCUUCUUCAUCACUUUUUCCCACAAAUGAGAAAAAUAGGAUUAUUAAAUUGCGAUGCCUACAAAGUCCUGUUCAUCUUUGAUGGUCUGGAUGAGUGUCGACUUCCUCUAAAUUUCCAGAAGAAUGAGAGAUUGUGUGAUGUGACAGAGUCAGCCUCAGUGGAUGUUCUGCUGACGAACCUCAUCAAGGGGAAUCUGUGUCCUUCUGCUCUCCUCUGGAUAACCUCUCGACCAGGAGCAGCCAAUCAGAUCCCUCCUGAGUGUGUAGACCAGCUAACAGAGAUACGAGGCUUCAGUGAUCCUCAGAAAGAGGAGUACUUCAGGAAGAGAAUCAGUGAUGAAAACCUGGGCAAUAAAAUCAUCAGACACAUGAAGUCUUCAAGAAGCCUCUACAUCAUGUGUCACAUCCCAGUCUUCUGUUGGAUCUCAGCCACUGUUCUAGAGAGAAUGUUGGGUGAAGCAGAGAGUGGAGAGAUCCCCAAGACUCUGACUCAAAUGUUCACACACUUCCUGAUCUUUCAGUUCAAACACAAGGACCAAAAGUACCAUCAGAAAUGUGACCCUGAUCCUCAGCAGACCAGAGAGAGUAUCCUGGCACUGGGAAAACUGGCUUUCCAGCAGCUGGAGAAAGGAAACCUGAUCUUCUAUGAGGAAGACCUGAGAGAGUGUGGCAUUGAUGUCAGAGACGUGUCAGUGUACUCAGGAGUGUGUACCCAGAUCUUCAGAGAGGAGUUUGGGCUUCACCUGGGGAAGGUCUUCAGCUUUGUACAUCUGAGUGUUCAGGAGUUUCUGGCUGCUUUAUACACAUGUUUGUCCUUCAUUGGUAAACAUGUAACAGAACAACAAACGACUGGUCUGUCUGAUCUUUUCAUCAAGUCAAGCAUGUCUGAUUUCCUGAAGUGUGCAGUGGACAAGGCCUUACAGAGUGAGAAUGGACACCUGGACCUGUUCCUCCGCUUCCUUCUGAGUCUCUCACUGGAGUCCAAUCAAACUCUAUUACAAGUCUUAAUGCCACAGACAGGAAGUAGCUCUCACAGCAAACAAGAAAUAGUCGAGUACAUCAAGGAGAAGAUCAGGGAGAAUCCAUGUCCAGAGAAAUCCAUCAAUCUGUUCCACUGUCUGAAUGAACUGAAUGAUCAUUCUCUAGUGCAGGAAGUACAAAGGUAUGUAAACAGUGGUGUUUACAGUCGUCUCAGUGGAACCAGUCUCUCUCCUGCUCAGUGGUCAGCUCUGGUGUUUGUGUUACUGAACUCAGAACAGGAGCUGGAUGAAUUUGACCUGAGUAAAUAUUAUCCAUCAGAUGAAUGUUUUCAGAGGUUGCUACCAGUGGUCAAAGCCUCCAGAAAAGCUGAGCUGUGGAGGUGUAAUCUUACUGAGAAAAGCUGGACAGCUCUCUCCUCAGUUCUCAGCUCAAACUCUCUUAGUCUAAGAGAACUGAACCUGAGUUACAAUAAACUGCAGGAUUCAGGAGUGAAGCUGCUCUCUGAUGGACUGAAGAAUCCACACUGUACACUGGAGAUACUGAGCCUGUGUGACUGUUAUCUAACAGAGGAAAGCUGUGGAGUUCUCUCCACAGUUCUCAGCUCAAACUCCUCCAGUCUGAGAAAACUAAUACUGACGGACAAUUAUCUGCGGGAUUCAGGAGUGAAGCUACUCUCUGCUGGACUGGAGAAUCCACACUGUAUACUGGAGAAACUGAGUCUGCAUGGUACCUAUCUCACAGAGGAAAGCUGUAGAGUUCUGUCCUCAGUUCUCAGCUCAAACUCCUCCAGACUGAGAGAAUUGAACCUGAGUGACAAUAACCUGCAGGAUUCAGGAGUGAAGCUGCUCUCUGAUGGACUGAAGAAUCCACACUGUACACUGGAGAUACUGGAGCUGUGUAAGUGUAAUCUGACAGAGGAAAGCCAGACAGUUCUGUUCUCAGUGGUCAGCUCAAACUCCUCCCACCUGAGAGACGUGAACUUGAGUCACAAUAACCUACAGGGUUCUAAAGUGCAAUUGCUUUUUGCUGAACUGGAGGAUCCACACUGCAGUCUAGAGAUACUGAGGUUGUGUGGUUUUAAUCUCACCGUAAAAAACAUUACAAAACAAUAUCCACUCAUGCGGCAUGUAAAACUGCAGGACUCAGCAGCAGAGCCCCCGCCCCAUGUGAGGUGUGAACCCGGAUCUCUGUGGUUGAUGCGUGCGUCGGCACGCCUUGAAGAAAGACCCAGUCUGAGAGAACUGGAUCUAACUGUUAAUAAAUUAGGGGAUUUAGGAGUGUGGAGGCUGUUUAGAGGACUGAUGAACCUGGAGAAACUGAGUCUGUGGGACUGUAUCCUGACAGAGGAAAGCUGUAGAGCUCUGUCCUCAGUUCUCAGCUCAAAAUCCUCCAGACUGAGAGAACUGGAACUGAGUCACAAUGAACUGCAGGAUUCAGGAGUGGAGCUGCUCUCUGAUGGACUGAAGAAUCCACACUGUACACUGGAAAUACUGGAGUUGUGGGACUACAGUAUUACAGUUAAAGGUUACAAUUCUCUGGCUUCAGCUCUGAGGUCAAACUCCUCAUCACACCUGAGAGAACUGAAUCUUCUGAGCAGUUAUAAACCAGGAGAAUCAGGACUGCAGAUGUUCUCUGAUCUACUGAAGGAUCCAAACUGUAAACUGGAGAAAGUAGAAACACCAAGAAGUCUUUCCUCAUUACAUACGAUGUAUAAUCAGAGUCUCACCUCACGAAAGCAGUUUUGGUGAACUGCCAGGACACAUCCCACAUGUCCGACUGUUUGGGAGCUGAAUUCAAUUCAAUUUGUAUAAAUCCCAGAUGUGAGCAAGCCACAGGUGAGGGUGGUGAGAAAAAACUCCUCACCACGCUGGGAUUAUAAACACUGAGAGUGGGAUUAUAAAUCAUUAUAAACACUGAGAGUGUGAUUAUAAAUCAUUAUAAACACUGAGAGUGGGAUUAUAAAUCAUUAUAAACA